GUUGCCAUGGCGACAGCUGAGCACGACCCUCCCCGUGUGCGCGACAUGGCGCAAAUGAGGAAACCGACCGAAGGAACCAAAUCUAUCAAUAGAUCGACUUUAUCACCGAUAAAAAUCAAUUGUGUAACCAAAGUGACGUCUUCCUGCUCGACUUUAAGCGACAACCUCGCCUCAGUGGCGCAGUAGAGCUGAUCGACAGGCAGAAGAUGGAUCAGUCCAGGGCCAGUAUUGGUGACCUGGAGAAGGAAGUGAUGGACAUGUUGGCCAAGAUGUUGGACAACAACACCUGUGGCUGGAGACACCUGGCGGCCGCUGCGUCUGAACAGCCCAAACUCCUCUGCAGUGAGAUGGAUCUGACCAGCUGCUCACUCCAGGCGUUGAGCGCCACAGGAAGUCCAGGACGCAGCCUCUUGGCCCUGCUGGCUGAUCGGUCCUGCUCUCAGGUCUUCCUGCUCCAGUGCCUGAAGAAGAUAGGCCACCAGGGGGCACUGCAGCUGCUCACUGCCACAGAAAGGCAGCAGAUCUGCGUCACAGUCCAGCCCAACUCCCUGCAGGCAGCAGCGGGCAGCACGGUGGUGUUGACCUGCCGGGCCUCUGGACCGCCUGCUCUCACUUACCAGUGGUUCAAAGGCAAAGAGGAGGUUUUGGAAGCGACUGGAAGCACACCUGAGCUGGUCCUGCGUCCUCUGGGCCCCCAGCACCAGGGUUCUUACAUCUGUCGGGUCAACCAUGGGGACACCUGCUGCUUCUCCCACUGGGCUCGGGUGCGCUUGGUUUACUCGCCCGUCGGCACUGGUCCAGGCACCCUGUUUUCAGGUUCAGCCAGUGGGCUGCGUGUCAUCUACCAGCCUCAGUGCCAGGCGCUGUCUGAGGGGGACACGCUGCUUCUGGAGUGCAACGCCGUGGCCAACCCUCCUCCCCAGUACCAGUGGUACCACAACUCAGCGCCCGUGCCAAACAAGACGCAGCUUCUCAAAAUUGCGAGUGUGACCACGGCACACAGAGGGCAGUACAGGUGCAAGGUGUUCAACUUGUAUCAUGAGAUGUGGAGUGACCCGGCAACUGUCAGUAUAGGCCCAACUUCCAUCACGGAUCUCUCCUGGGUAGAAGUUGAUCGCGGCUCAGAAUCUAAUGAAUUGGAAAGAUCAGUCAACAGUGCCAGAAGUCAUCCACCGCAACCACAAACCAAGAAUUUCUAUGCAACAGACAAGGUGGCUCUUCUGAUCGGCAACCUGAACUACCGCCACCUCAAUGAGCUCUGCGCUCCCAUGGCGGAUGUCCACGAGUUAAGCAACCUGCUCAGGCAAAUGGACUUCAAGGUGGUCUCUCUGCUGGACCUCAACUUGCAGGAGAUGCACAGCGCCGUCACCGAGUUCCUUCUGCUCCUCGGCAAAGGAGUUUACGGCUUGCUCUACUUUGCCGGUCACGGUUAUGAGAACUACGGCAACAGUUUCAUGGUUCCCAUUGAUGCACCGGCCUCGUACACGUCAGAGCACUGCUUGUGCGUGCAAAAUAUUCUUACCAGGAUGCAGGAGAAAGAGACCGGACUCAAUGUCUUCCUGCUGGACAUGUGCCGCAAAAGAAACCCAAACGAUGGCGUCGCCGUCCAGUCCGGGCUGGUGAAGGUGACGGCAAACAUAGUGUUUGGCUACGCCACAUGCGUCGACGCAGAGGCUUACGAGGUGAAGAGGGAAGACGUGUCCAACGGUAUCUUCAUAAGCUUCCUCAAGCGCCGCGUUUGCGAAGACGAGAAGGUCACGGUCAUGCUGGACAGGGUGGCGGAAGACAUGGGUCGUUUUGAAAUCACCCGAGGGAGGCAGGCUCUGGAGCUCCGCAGUAAUCUUUCUGAGCGACGUUCCCUCACCGAUAAGAUUCAGACUUCGGAAUGUUCUGCAGCCUAUUCUGCUCGGAACCUACAGUGGGCCGUCGCUCAUGCCCUCCCAAAGAGCCGCUUCAUCCACUUUGACUGCGGUGUGAAGGUCCAGCUUGGAUUUGCUGCGGAGUUCUCCAACGUUAUGGUGAUCUACACGCGCAUACUGGACAAGCCCAAAGAAAUUUGUUCAUGCUCCGCUCAGCUGACCGACUUCCCUGAGGAUGUAGAUAUGGACCUGAAGAAGAGCAAUCAGGAAACCCUGCUUGAAGCCGGCAGCUUGUUAUUGAUCAAAGAACAUGUCCCUUCACCUCAGUUCCCCACUCUCUACACUCACAUUCAAAGUCUGCAGAGACUUCAGAAGGAGCUCACCUUUUCCGUAUGUCUCCAUUACGUUUACUCCGACAUGGAGGAGGAAGUAGCAGAAAAGCGAGCAGUUACAGUCGGCAAACCGCUGGUCUCCAAACUCAACCUGUAUGAACCACGACCAGCGGCGUCCGUAAGCUUCGACUCCGGCAGUGUGUCGGAGCUCUCUUCUUUGUCCGAGGACUUUGCCUCCAAUACGUGGUCAUUAUUCACACCUGUUAACACUGACAAAUUUAAUGACGACAACAAUGUCCAUUCCUACUAAGCAUUAAACGUCCCAUAUUAUAGUUUUCCAACAAUUCUAAGUACAUUAUUCAAAAUCCAGCCUUGUUACUGAAAUGUAUACCAUUUAAAAGUGCUUGUAAUAAGCCCUACUGUAAUGCUAAUGAGCUGUUUGUCUCAAAGACAUGCUAUUGUGUACUUUAUCCACUUUGUCAGAGGAAUAUUUUCUGCUUUAAAAGCAGAGGGGAAUGAGUAAAAAGAAAGUGUGUUUUUACCAUGCAAAUACACACACAUUAACUUAUUUGGUUUUGAUGGUGAGAAGAGGUGCCAAGGAAUUAGAUAACGCAAGAGUGGGCAAAUGUUUUGAAUGUGUCCAAAACACGGGCUUAGAUUAACUUUUGGUUUCACUUGGCAACGCCCAAACAACUCCGCCAGCAAGUUGUACAAAAGCAUGUGAGCUGAGGUACAAUGGAGAGAGAAGGCGCCAGACUUUGUAGGGCACGGUCUUCUCUCCGACGCUGGUAUUGCUACUGUUUGUACUUUCUCCAUUUGUAGAAUAAAUUGUUUAUCUUCAA